CUUCUAUCUACAUACUUUACUCUAAUGCUGCUACACUCCAAGCGUCGUUCCUGUAAAUACUUGCGUAAGUAGGUGUGUCUCGUGUCAACCCAUCACCGAGCUCUUUCAAGUUAUCUACAGCUCCCAUCCAAAAAGCACGGUUAAAGUCUUGGCUUCCUUUCUAUGUGCUGUGCCUGAUCACCUCACCCCAGCUCUCCCCCCCAGCUCUCCCCCUCUCCCCCUCCCUUCACCCAGCACAACACAACAAACAAGCAACAGACAAUGGACGUAGCCUACGACCACACGUUCACGGACGACGUCUCCGCCGACGACAAAGGCAAGGGCAAGUCGGUUGCGCCCGCGGCCUCGGCCGAAGAAGAGUCUCUCAACGAGGAGCUGCAGCAGGCGUACAAGGCGAUCUCGAGUUCUCCGUGGGGCGCACGGCUGGGCGCGUUUGUUGGGACUGUCAAGAAACAGGGCGAGAGCUACUACGAUGCCGCCCGCAAAGAGUACCCCACCGCCGUCAAGGGCUUCGGCGACCUGCGGACGAACCUGGUGGCGCGCACGCGCGCCCUGAGCUUGUCGACCCCGCAACACGAGGGCGCGGAGAAGGGUGAGAGCGCCGGAGCCGCGCCAGGGCUGCUGGACAAGAUCAAGAAGGGCGUGGCGGAGAUCGAGGCGGUCGAGGCAAGGGCCGACGAGUACCUUCUCAAGUUUGGGACUAGCAUAGGUGGGUUCUUGCGGGAUGCUAUCACGAUUGCCCCGCCGGUGGCGGCAGAAGGUGAAGGCGGCGAGAAGGGAGAGGUCGUCUUCGAGGCGGCGAAAGAGGGUGGGAAGAAGCAGAUCUUCACCACCCGCCUCGACGCGCAACUCCACCUCCUCCACAGCAACCACGCCCUCUUCAAGACCGACCCGGCGGUAGAUAGCUUCGCGCCGUUUGCGGCCUCGUUCUCGGCGGACAAGGAGACGUCGCGCAUCGCGGCGGACCUGGAGAAGUACCCGGAGCUGCGCGCUACCAUGGAGGCGCUGGUGCCCGACGAGGUCGAGUACACGCGCUUCUGGAUCAGAUACUAUUUCCUCCGCAAUGAGCUGGAUUUCGAGGAGAAGAAGAGGAAGGAGCUGUUGAAGGGCGCGGCGAUCGAGGAGGAAGAGGUCGGCUGGGAUGAGGAUGAUUCCGAGGACGAGGAGGACGACGAGGAUGAAGAGGAAGAUGAGGACGAUGAGCAGCAAGCUAAGCCUGUCGCCGAACCCAAAGCUGCCCCAGCUGCCCCAGUGUUGGCCCCGAAAGCUUCAACCGAUACCCUCCAGCCUCAGCCCCAGCCAGAGCCCCAACCCGCAACGAAACCGAAGACUAGCAGCGACAGCGAGGCAAGCUACGACGUCGUCUCCGGUGCACCCAGCCAGGCUGCGGGUAGCCCACCGCAAAAGGGAAAGGUACUUUACAUCCCCUACAUCCCCACCUACCCUACGUACUGUUCUGAUGGAAGAUAGCGGAGAGACGAGAGUAGUGACGAGGAGGCGGAUUGGGAAUAAGCUUACUAGACGAGGCUUGAAUGGGGCGUUUGUUUUUGGAUGGGGGAGGUGAGAUUGGAAUUACUUGAC